AUGACGAAACCGCGUCGUGGGGUUCGCUUCCCUAGCCGGAAUGGUCAUGCCUCUGAUGGUAGAAGAUCUAGCUUCAGCGAGAUAAGCGAAGAUGGAUCAGGAUCUCCUGUUAAGAUCAAGAGCUCGCCACAAUUAGACGGCAUCAGCGAGAAAGCGUCUGAACAACCAUCGAUGUCCGAUUACGAGAAGAAAAAGGCCAACUUCAUCACCCGAACCUUUUGGACCUUCGUCAUGAUCGGAGGAUUCUUCUCAGCCUUGUUUGCGGGCCACAUUUACAUAAUCGCAUGUAUCACCAUCGUUCAGAUAGUCUCCUUCAAAGAGGUCAUCGCCAUCGCUAGCGUCCCAAGUCGAGCUCGACAACUACGGCCUACCAAGAGUUUGAACUGGUACUGGCUUGCCACGACGAUGUACUUUCUGUAUGGGGAGUCUGUUAUCUAUUAUUUCAAACACAUCGUGUUAGUUGACAAGGUUCUGCUCCCGCUUGCCACACACCACCGAUUUAUCAGCUUCGUCCUCUACGUCAUCGGCUUCGUCUUCUUCGUCGCCAACCUCAAAGCUGGCCAUCUCAAGUUUCAGUUUGCCAACUUUGGUUGGACUCAUAUGGCCCUGUACUUGAUCGUCGUGCAGGCGCAUUUUGUCAUGAAUAACGUCUUCGAAGGCAUGAUCUGGUUCUUCCUACCUGCUGCCCUCGUUAUUACGAACGAUAUCUUUGCCUACAUAUGCGGUAUCACCUUUGGUCGGACGCAGCUGAUCAAGCUGUCCCCCAAGAAGACUGUCGAGGGCUUCGUGGGUGCUUGGUUUAUGACUAUUAUAUGGGCUAUUCUUCUGACUAACAUCUUAAUGCGCUCCAAAUAUUUCAUUUGUCCCGUCAACGACCUCGGCGCCAAUAUCUUCACCGGUCUUGAAUGCGAUCCUAAUCCCGUAUUUCUUUCCCACACCUAUACCUUGCCUUAUCUAUUCUUCCUUCCCGAGGGAGCCAGUUUCUCCUUCACUACCGAGCCUAUGCAAUUCCACUCUAUUGUUCUGGCUUCCUUCGCAUCGUUGAUCGCACCUUUCGGUGGUUUCUUUGCCUCGGGACUCAAGCGUACCUUCAAGAUCAAGGACUUUGGUGAUUCGAUUCCAGGACAUGGCGGUAUGACCGACAGAAUGGAUUGUCAAUUCAUCAUGGGAUUCUUCGCCUUUAUCUACUACCAAACCUUCAUCGCGCAGCACAAGGUCAACGUCGGCGCCAUCAUGGAGUUAGCCAUUACAGGUUUAACAUUAGAAGAGCAGAUGGAGCUGGUGAGGGGGAUGAGCAGAUAUCUAGAAAACCAGGGAGCCUGGGGCCCCGGUGUCCAUGAUUGUCUAGAACAAGUAUUACCAGCUCGGCGAUAG